AUGAACCCUGUCAGCGUCGGGGAGUACCAUGGGCUGCGGGUGGGCUCGGCCCUGCUCAGCAUUGUGGCGGGCUGCAUCAUCAUCGGUGUGUCCAGAGAGUGUGACGCUGAUGCUGUAGGGGGCAUCUUCCUGGGAGCGGGAGGCCUCGGCCUGCUCAUAUCAAUCUACCCCUUUAUAAAAGCCUGGCUGAACAUCAACCACAUUCUUCCGUCCUUUGGAAACUUUAGAGUGCACCCAACGUCUGCCAAUCCCGCUCCGGAUCAACCAGCUGAGACGCUCAGACGAGAAGGAACUCAGAGUCAAAUGAAUCUGGAACGUUCUAAGAGCCGUAUGGGAACCUUUGUGGAGGGCGGACCAGUGACUGAGAUCAACCCAGAAGAGGGGACUUCUUCAGACAUGCCAGAUGUCUUAUCGAGGCGGAAACUAAAGCAGUCGCCUACUGAACCAGACCUGCCAUGAUGUCAUCACACGACAUGACCUUCCGUGUUGUAAACACGUAUGAUGCUGAUUUAAAUGUUUCUGAUCACUUUUUUUUUUCCUGCACAGUUGUUAUAUCAUCUGAACGUGUCCUGUUCGUUGAGACUGUCUCAUCAUAUUGAACUUAUGUGUUCCAAUAAACAUCUGAACAUUAAAUUGUGA